AUGACUGAUUAUGAAACAGCACGAGAUGAUCAAUAUGCUUAUAUUCAAUACAAACUACCUGAUGAAGAAUUAACCAUUAUUGGAUACACACCGUUGGUUGAUAUGAACACAGCUCACCAUAUGCUUACAUAUGCGUGUGAAAAACCUGGCAGAAAUAAGCCGUAUUGGACCGAAGGUGCAACAUGUAAAGGUGAAGAAAUUAUUAUCCAUGGAUGGGGUCGAAAUGCACCUGCGUUGAAAUUACCUGAAGAUGUUGGUUUCGUUGUUGGACGGAAUACUCCGUAUAAAUAUAUUGUUGUGAAUAUUCAUUACAUGUCGAAAUUGAAGAAUGACAAUUCAGGCAACCAACUACUUCUGAGUCGAACACCACGGAAAUAUCGAGCAGGUGUUCUGUUAAGUGGAACAAGCGAUAUCUAUCUAAGACCGAAAGCUGAAACCAUCCGAACUCCUUUUUCUUGUCAAUAUGAUGGACCACCGAUAUCGAUUUUUGCCAUACGUGUUCAUGCUCAUCAAUGGGCGCGAGUUAAUUCUCUCUAUCGUGUACGUGAUAAAGAAAUAACUCAAAUUGCAAAAGGUGACCCUCAAUGGCCUCAAUCGUUCUAUCCACUCCCCUCACCUAUCACAGUCGAAGUUGGAGAUUAUCUUGUGGGGCAAUGUGUAUAUGACAAUAAUGAUAAUCGUAUUAUUUAUGCUGGAUCCACACACAAUGAUGAAAUGUGUAAUAUUUAUGCGAUGUAUUCAUAUCAACCAUCACGAAAAUCAUCACCACCUGGACUUUGCUGGGGUAAUUCACAUAACGCAAUGACGAAUCUCAUACCUUUGGAUAGCAUCGUUCCUCCAUUGAAACCAUCUGAUGUCGGUGAAACAAAGAAUGAUCAUCACGCUCAUGCUGAGCAUGCGAUGAUUCCACUUGAAGGAAUGAGAAAAGACUCAUCCAGUGACGAUGACGAUCAGACCGAUGAUCAGUCAUAUGAAGAUUACAUAGAUGAAGUCGAACAUAUGCGAAGUCGCGAGAGAGAGCCUGAUGUACGUAAGAUUUUAUCACAUCUUGGCUUACCUGAUUACGAAUAUGUCGAUGCGCAAAAUUAUGAUCAUCUACUACCAAGUCAUUUAACUUAUGGAAAAGAUCAAACAGUUAAAUUACAUAAUGCCAAAUUAAUGAGCCCUAAUGUAUAUACAAAUGUGGAAAACUGGCCGGAUGUCAAAACAUUACCAGCUGAAUUAGGUGAAAUCGGUGGUAUUGCUUUGAGCAAUGGUAAUAACGAAUUAAUCGUCUUUCAUCGUGGUUCGCGUAAAUGGGAAUACAAAUAUUUCAAUGAGUAUCGUUUUCGUAAUGAUCGAUAUGGUCCAAUCGAUGAAGAUGUUCUUAUUCAUAUUGAUACUCGUACAGGAGAAACAAAAUACCGAUGGGGUGCGAAAAUGUUCUUUAUGCCGCAUGGGUUGACAAUCGAUCAUGAAGGAAAUUUUUGGGUGACCGAUAUUGCCAUGCAUCAAGUUUUAAUGUUCAAACCAAAUGAAUUAACACAUCCAGCGCUGACUGUUGGUGAACUAUUUCAACCUGGUUCAGGGCCCAGUCAACUUUGUCGACCAACAGAUGUUGCCGUGAUGAAAAAUGGAGAUUUCUUCAUUGCUGACGGGUAUUGUAAUAGUCGAAUCGUGAAAUUUAAUCGUAAAGGAGAGUAUUUAUUGGAAUGGGGUUCGGGAAUGAGUAGUAAACUUGAUAGUGAUGGUUUUCCAGUUCCUAAUGAAUGGAAUAUUGUACAUUCAAUUGCAUUAAAUGAAGAUGCACAAUUGAUUUGUGGUGCUGACCGCGAAAAUUUUCGUAUUCAAUGUUUCAACUCGAAUACAGGAGAGUUUAUACGACAAAUACGAGUUGAGCAAAAAAGUACCAUCGGUGCCAUCUAUGCCAUCGAAUUUGCACCGAAUGCCAAUGGAACAAUCUUAUUUGCUGUUACCGGCGGAGCACAAACAACGACGAAAAAGGUUUACAUGAUCGAUGCAAAAACUGGAGAUAUUUUAACAUCAUUUGAUUCAAAUCCAACCUUAAAUGCUCCACAUGAUAUUACCGUUUCAUCAAAUGCUCGGGAAAUCUAUGUCGGUGAAUUAGCGUUAACUCCUGCGAACGCUUUGCAUAAAUUUGAACUAUCAAAACGAAAAGAUCUUCCGACGCAAACUUACAGUCGACGAACUUAUUUCUCUGAUAAGAACUUUCGCAUUUCAUUGAUUAUUAUGAUUGCGUUUGCAACACCUGUUAUCAUUGCUGUGAUUGUUGGAUGUUGCAUUCGUAUAAAAAAUCUCCGUAAACUUAAUCGUUUGAAUUCAUUUUUAAACACAGUGAAAAAUGGAAGUACCAAUCGUAAUUCUGUUCUGGGUGACUGGAUGAACCGUCGAAAAGGCUUUGAAUUGUUAGAACAAUAUUCCGAUGGAGAAAAUGAACCAUUCGAUGCCAAUGCUGGAAAUGAUUCUAAUGAGAAUUCAGGCGAUGAAACAAUUACAGUCACGAAUAAACCACAAGGACUCAUAUCAAAUAACAAGCAAAAUACUAAUAUGUUCAAGAUGGGUGAAAGUCUUUAA